AUGCCACAUUUCCCGACAGAUUUUUAUUGCCCACAGACCAGGAGAUUCCCAGGUGGAGAAGCCCCAGAGGUCGCCAGCGUGGCUGCUUUGGCCGGAGCGGCUGUUUUGGCUGAUGCCCCAGCAGGGCGGUUAUCUGUACAAAACACACGGGUCGGGGCACCAUUUCAGCUGGCGACUGGAGCUCGGACUCCAGCAUCUUCAGGAGCGACCAUAGACUCCCUAACCGAGCCUCGGUGGCCUCCGGGUCUGGCAGAUAUGAAGACAAUAGAUGAUUUGCUGCGAUGUGGAAUUUGCUUUGAAUAUUUCAACAUUGCAAUGAUAAUUCCUCAGUGUUCACAUAUGAAUCAUCUGUUGCAGUUUGCUUUGGAGUCACCACCCAAAUUUCCUGCUUCUUCCUCAUCAAAGAAUCUUGCUGUCAAGGUAGAUAGUCCUAUAGCCUCCAGACUGUCUUUAAAGCAGGGCAACAGGUUAAUGGAUAAUUUCUUGAUCAGAGAAACGAGUGGUUCUACAUCAGAGUUGUUGAUAAAAGAAAAUGAAAGCAAAUUCAGCCCUCCAAAAGAGGCAAGCCCUGCUGCAAAGACCAAAGAGACACGUUCUGUAGAAGAGAUGGCUCCAGGUUCCUCAGAGGCCAAGCGUCCUGAGACACCCUCGACAUCCACUUUGAAACAAGUUACUAAAGUGGAUUGUCCUGUUUGCGGGGUUAACAUUCCAGAAAAUCACAUUAAUAAGCAUUUAGAUAGCUGUUUAACACGCGAAGAGAAGGAAAGCCAAAGGAAGCCACUGCCCAAAACCAUAUAUAAUUUGCUCUCUGAUCGUAAUUUAAAGAAAAAGCUAAAAGAGCAUGGAUUAUCUAUUCAAGGAAAUAAACAGCUCAUUAAAAGGCACCUAGAUUUUGUACACAUGUACAAUGCCCAGUGUGAUGCUUUGCAUCCUAAAUCAGCUGCUGAAAUAGUUCACGAAAUUGAAAACAUGGAGAAGACCAGGAUGCGUCUUGAAGCUAGUAAACUCAAUGAAAGUGUAAUGGUUUUUACAAAGGACCAAACAGAAAAGGAAAUAGAUGAAAUUCACAGUAAAUAUCGUAAAAAAUGUAAGAGUGAAUUUCAGCUUCUGGUGAAUCAAGCUAGGAAAGCAUAUAAGAAAACUGCUGGAAUGUCACAAAAAACAGUAACAAUAACAAAAGAAGAUGAAUCUACAGAAAAGCUGUCUUCUGUAUGCAUGGGACAGGAAGAUAAUAUGACCUCAGUAACAAACAACUUUUCUCAAUCAAAGCUGGAUUCCCCAGAGAAAUUAGAACCUGACAGAGAAGAAGAUUCUUCUAGUUGUACUGAUAUUCAAGAAGCUCUUUCUUCACCAGAAUCAGAUUCAUGCAAUAGUUCCAGUUCAGACAUCGUAAGAGAUCUUCCAGAAGAAGAGGAAGCCUGGGAAGCGUCACAUAAAAACGAUCUUCGAGACACAGAAAUGAGUCCAAGACAGAAUCGUCGCAUAAGAACUCCUGAAAGUGCUGAGAUUGAACCAAGAAACAAGCAUAAUAGGAAUUAG